CCCGCGGACACGCACGUCCAAUCGCUUGUUCUCCGACGAUGACACGUGGCUGCGACGCCUUCUUAUUACAAGCCGUGCCGUACGUUCACAAUACACCCAGCUUUUGGUCUUUCUGUCCGUCGUUUCACCUGCAAACGAACUGGACUACACCCCGUACAAGCGUAUUCCUACGCGCUUUUGCGUCCAGAUGCUUCGCGGAACCCACCAGCGCGCUUGGACAAAGCCACUCAACUGGAACCUCCAUGCCACCAUCCUGUUCGGCGAAACUCGCACUCCAUUCUCGCUAUACGUCAGAGCGGAGCCAGCGGGCUCUCAAUGCCAGGCGUUUCCGCAGUUCCUCGCAUUGCCUGCUGAACUGCAGCUACGUGUCCUUGGCUUCUGCGAUCCCCCAACGCUCUUUUGGCUGAUGCAGGCGUCGCCGGCUACUCGCUUGGAGGCUGAAAAGCUCUUUUGGUCCCAUCCAGACGCGUGGUACUCUGUUGAGUGCCACUGGGUGCUCGACGGAGGGUUUGCCGGCUACGCACACCUUGCGCCUGAGUUCGUGGCCCGCGUCGAGCGGGUCGAGGUGGAUUUCGCCGAUAUAGAGGAGCUCUGGACAGAUCCCGUGGCUCAAAUUUGCGGCACAGCGUCCAUGGCCCUGUCCCACGGCCGGACGGAGCGGCUCCGGCGCUUUUGGCAGACGCUACGGCGCCGACUGCCCCGCGUAACCUGUGUUGUUAUCAGCGAAAGCAGGCCGCGCAAAGCCCGGGAGUCGUUGCCGCAGGACCUCCAGGCUUUGCUUCAGAUGUGCCCGUCUAGCAUAAGUGUCCUGGCGUCCCUCCUCUUCUGGGAUGUCCCAGAGAGGCGAAAGAGCGCGGAAAGGAGCCUAUGGCGAUUGGCUCCGACGAGCGCCGGCACUCCAGGCGACUGGGAGGAGGUGAAUCCAGUGUGGACACGACAGAGCAUCCUCCCACCGCCGAAGGAGUUUCGCGGCCCCGUAGGGGCGUACGAGCGCACCCGCUACAAAUUCCUCCUUUACGGCCUCCGCAGAACGGCCGCCCAGCUGCUGCGCCUUGAGGCACGGGAGAGGCACCACUUCCACGGACGUCGAGAGCCCUUUGGCUGCCCUUAUCCUGGGUGCGAGGCCUGGUUCAAUUUGCCAGGGGAGUGGACGUUGCAUGCGACCUAUACCAGGCAUGACUACGAAGCCGUUGCCCCUAAUGCAUUCAAGGCCUCAUUUGACCAGCUCGAGGGAGAUCUAGAGCGCAUGUUGCAGCAAGACAUCCACGGCCCGAAGAGGACGAUGCUCGAGGACUGGGGCGAGGAGGGGAGCAACAAACGGCAAGCCGCAGAGCAGGCGUUUCUCCAUCAGCUAGAUUUCGAUCCUCUGUACACACACGUGAAGCCAGCCAGAGAGACCUUAGCCUGGGCUCUAUACACAGAGGAUAUGGAUCCGAGCAGUGCCUCCUAGAGUAGGAUUGGAACCAGGGAGAACAAUGGGAGAAGGAAAAGAGCCCAAAAAAUAAAAUAAAGCAGGGGGGGUGGUGUGGAUGCCUACUCGUUACGUCUUGGGGAGACAUUGUAGGGUAGAGGGCUACACGUAGACGAAGAGAAGGAGAGAGGGAGAGAGGGAGAGAGGGAGAGAGAAGAGGGGGAACAGGCCGGGCCUUGCAUAGGACGAGAGGAGGUAGGCCGCUGUGCCAGUGGCAGGUUUUAGCCAGACAACCCCGAGAGGCCGCUGAAAGG